AUCAAUUAAUACCGGUGUGAAUGCAAUCGUUUUGUUGCUUUCGACAAAGUUGUAGUAGUAGUUUGCUUGCUUGAUUCAGAUUACUAUGACGAAUUGCCUUGGAAGCGUUAUAUCCGUGGAUUGCGGUGAAUUCGGAUAUUAUCAAGGACGACUUAUCUCCUUAGAUGCUGAAUCAAAAGAUAUCGUGUUGGGAUCUGCCUUCAAGGAAGGAAUCCCGCUAGGCAAAAAUGUGACUUUGAAUGGUGCUCAAAUAGUCAGUCUGAAGGUUUUGAAACCUGCACAGCCGAAGGAAACACAAGUGGCAUCCACUUCUUCUAGUCAGGUGGAGAAAAAGGAAGUAAAAAUGCGAAAAUCAAAUCCUUCAAAGCCAAAUGGUCUCAAUGUGCGCAGGAGCAAAAGCACUAUUGAAUUUGUGGACGAAGAGAAAAACCAUCGCAAGAGCAGUUGGCAACCACGUCCUUUGGCGCCUGUCCAGAAUAAACAGCAUCGUAGCGGAGCACAUCGGAAAGCAAGCUCUGUUAGUUCUACUAGUGAAGAAGGUCAAAGUGCACCAAAUGCCGAGGAAUCAUCCAAGGAAAGAACAAGAACUCGAAAAAUUCGUCGAUCGGAAUCUGAACAUGGCCAUAACCCCACGGUCUGCGUGUCGGAGACUCCCCAGUUCCGUCGUUUCGAGCCCCAAGUUCCACUCCCACGAGAGGUUUUAGCAGCCAAAGCGAAGUGUAAAGGAAAAUCUAGAGGUCCUAGUGGUAAUCCACUAUUGGACUCAAAAAGGCUACAUGGACGUAUAGCAAACGGAAACGAUGAACUUGUCAAGCCAAUUGAUUUUGACCUUCUUGACACUGACUUUGAUUUUGCUGCUAAUCUGGAGCAGUUUAAACGUGAGGAUUUGGAUGAUGAGUAUUUCGAAAACGUGGAGAAAACAAAAGUGUCUCACAAUUUUGCUCAUUACGAAAAUAUUAUCGAUGAUCCAACGAGAUGUACAUCAUGGACAAAUAUGACUGUUGCGAAUAGCGCAAAUGCUAGCGUGAAACACGGAAAGGGCGAAGACGGCUUAAAUACGGAAAGGAGGACUUCUCCCCUGCGAUGCAUUUCUUUUUGUCCUAGCGCUUAUGAGACAACAUAUGACGGUUUUCCUUUACCGGUGCUCGAUGUCGCGCUCAAGAAAAAAUAUCUGCAGGAGUGCUGUGCUGUAAUGGGUCCAGAUGUUUAUUUUUACUUGAUUGCUGAUAGAUUGAUUAUGUGGCUGAUAGAAGUUGUUGGAAGAACUGAUUUGUCACUCAACGAUGCGGUCAUCUUGGCGUCAGCUACCACCUCUUCACGUCUUCUCGAUUGUGUCUUAUCUCAUCUGGAUAAUAGAGGGUGUUCUACCACGGUUUAUGGUAAAUAUCCAAGUUUCGACUUCGGUUCGGUUACGGUUGUGGAACGUGUAUCUGCACUGCCAGCAACCUCGAAGGUUGUCAUUGUGCUAGCUGAUGAUUUGACGGCUGAGACACAGUCGUGGUUGUGUAAACAAAAAAGUGCGCAUGUAGUAUCGCUCGAAUGCGCCCCUGCCGUUGUGGACCACAAAAAACUUCAUAUCCUUAUGUUGGGUGUUUUGACUUCCGGCCUCUAUACCACAACAGCUCAACCGCAAGUGGGGAAAACCAGCUUUGCCAAGCUUUGUGCUGCCAUGAAAUCCUGCAGAUUUAUUGAUUCUGCGGUAUGUGAUGUGGGUGCCCCUUACUCCUGGAUUGCUGAAGACGGGAAAGCAAACCUUCAGCAAGCUUUUUCGACUACACUGAUGCGCCGUUUAUGUUGAGAAAGAAUACUCGUAAGAAAUGUUUUGCGCAUCAUGGCAUCGAAAGCACCUUGAGCCCCUGCUGUCCCUUUGAAGCAUAACGGAAUUCCGACUCCGAGUGUGCUAAAGAAUCCGUAUGUUAGAUGGGGAAGUUCAAUUAUCGUAAGUGCAGUGUUUAUGUUUAUGUUUAUGUUUAAUCCCAUCUCGUUCUUGUCUUACCGAUGUUCGUACAAAACCUUCCCUUGUAUAGUUGACAAUCUUAUGACUGAGAAUUAGUUGUUGUACAUUCUGACCUUUUGCUGUAUCCUGUGCUUAGAUUCUACCAAAUUUUCCCCGUACUUAUCCCUUCAGUCAUUCAGACAAAAUGCCUUCUCAAGUGUUACCCAAAGCGGCUCACCGCAAAUAGACCCUAAUGAACUUUGGUGCUGUCUUUUUCCUCAUUUUGAGAUACAGACUUUCAUUGUGAUCUCCUCAAUGUAUUUAGAGGUAUCCUCUAUUCAUUGGUAAUUGCUGCACGCUAUGUAUCAGAUACCUAGGAGCAAUACACCUCCCUCAUUGUUUUCGCUAGAGGUUUGUUUCUCUUUUUUUGAGAUACGCAUUGAGCUUAGUUUUUAUAAUUUCUAUGCGCUUUACCCACCAGACUUGUCUUUAGAUGACUUGUUCCUUUUCUUCUCGGGUUUGUGUACGGAUUACCUUAUUGGUGUUCAAAAGCAGUGAUUUUUUCCUGAUUUUAUUAUUUUUGUGCUCUUUUGCUUCUGUCAUUUAUCACGACAUUAUUUUCUCCAUAUGUUUUACAUCAUUCCCUUGUCGUCUCUGCCACCAAGCAGAUGGAACAUUUUAUUCCCGUGGAAUCCAUUACUGCUUUUUCUGUAUUUUUUAUUCUUUUAGUCAAUUUUAGCGGUUUGAUCGUUCAGUGUGGUUGGUAAUUCCUCUGUCCUCAUUUUUGCUAGCUGUCUCUUCCUCGACUAUGGUGAGUAUAUCGAGUUGAACGUUUUUUAACGUUAUCUUCAUACAUAUUAACCUUCUACGAAUUUUGUGCUUGUCGAAAUCUGAACUUGAAUUGUGGAAAAUGCUUUCGGUAUCCCUCCCGGUUCUCUUACAGUUGUUUGCUUUUGUAGAGUUGGUCGUAUUUUAUUGAGCAGUUUUAUCAUUAUUCUGUACUUGUAAUCAUUCAUGUUUAGUUUGUUCUCUCUAUUUCUCUCUUCCUUAGUGGUAUUUUGGUGUUUGGUUUACAAGUAGUCACUAUAAAUUAGAUUUAGUCAA